UCCCUCCCCAUUGUCUCCCAUGGAAACCUAACCUUUGUCACUCCUCUCACAGGCAGGAGGAGGAGGAGCUCAGUUUAACACAGGGCAAAGUUUCCUUGUUGAUAGAGAUUCCAUUUUGCCACGGCCGGGUGAGUUCCACAGCACACACGUAUUUCCAGAUGAGGAUGAGGGGCUGAUGUCAGGGCUGGGCUGAUCAGUAGCAAGAGAGAACUGUACCUUUAAACGCUACCAUGUGUGUCUUCUGGGGAGGGACACCUGGAAAUCACACCCAUCCGCACUGAAUGCACAGCAGGGGGAACUGCCACCGUGCGUCGCCUGAUGCAAAGCAGUACAGAGACAGCGGCAGUAGUGAGUGUGUGCUCUACAGCUCCACCGAGCAGAAGAGAUCACCCUCUUCUGUAUUUAACUGUGUGUCCAUCAAGAGUGGCUUGGCCAUGGACCAACCACCCCGUUUAGAACAUUCUCCUGCUCAUCACAGGUCAGGUGGUCCUACCCAAAGACCAGUGUUCCCAGUGCCCAGCUGUGUGUCCAUGAAAAGUGACAACUCCAUGGACCAGCCACCCAAAUUAGGAGAGGGACAUUCUCCUGCCGGUCAAAGUGGUCCACACCAAAGACCAGUGUCCCCAGUGCCCAGCUGUGUGUCCAUAAAAAGUGACAACUCCAUGGACCAGCCACCAAAAUUAGGAGAGGGACAUUCUCCUGCCGGUCAAAGUGGUCCACACCAAAGACCAGUGUCCCCAGUGCCCAGCUGUGUGUCCAUGAAAAGUGACAACUCCAUGGUCCAACCCUUGGCAUUUAAAGGCCAUGCAGCUACCAUAGAGAGCCCCAUCCAGCAGGUGAGAUCACCCUCUCCCGAAGCGAGCUGUGUGUCCAUGAAAAGUGACUGGUCCAUGGACCAACCACCCAAAUUAGGAGAGGGACAUUCUCCUACUCGUCAAAGUGGUCCACACCAAAGACCAGUGUCCCCAGUGCCCAGCUGUGUGUCCAUGAAAAGUGACAACUCCAUGGACCAGCCACCCAAAUUAGGAGAGGGACAUUCUCCUGCCGGUCAAAGCCCUAUCCAGCACAAGAGAUCACCCUCUGCCAAAGCAAGGUGUGUGUCCAUGAAGAGUGACAACUCUAUGGACCAACGACCCCGUUUAGGACAAGGACAUUCUUCUGCUCGUCACAGUGGUCCACACCAAAGACCAGUGUCCCCAGUGCCCAGCUGUGUGUCCAUGAAAACUGACAACUCCAUGGUCCAGCCACCUUACAUAGGAGAGGGACAUUCUCCUGGCAGCCAAAGCUUCCAGACUGAGGUAGACUCAUGCACAUCGGACCAUGACUUGACCAUGACUUCACCUGAUACCUCUUACCACGAAUCUGAGGAAGAGGAUCUGACUGAUAACAGAUCUGACUUUAUACUCUCUGAGGAGAUAAUCCAAGAGCAACUUAAGUCCCAUCUUAGAACCAAACUACAGCAUGUCCUCAAAGGUCCAUCCAACCCUGUUCUUCUGAGUGAGAUCUACACCGAGCUCUACAUCACCGAGGGGGACAUGGGGGAGGUCAAUGAGGAGCAUGAGGUCAGAGAGAUUGAAGCAGCAUCCAGGGGAAAUACAGAAAAUACACCCAUCAAGUGCAGUGAUAUCUUUAUGCCACUGCCAGCGCAGUGCAAAACCAUCAGAACAGUUCUUACAAAGGGCAUUGCUGGCAUAGGAAAAACUGUGUGUGUGCAGAAGUUUGUACUGGAUUGGGCUGAGGGGACUGCUAAUCAAGAUAUCAAAUAUAUAUUUCCACUGUCCUUCCGCGAGCUAAACUUACUGAAAGCUAAGCAAUUCAGUCUGCCCGAGCUUCUCAAACACUUUGUUGGUGAAUUCGAAAGUGUUCCAGUUUUGGAAGAUGGUCAUCAUGAGGUUCUGCUCAUCUUUGAUGGCUUGGACGAAUGUCGGCUUCCGCUGGCAUUUAAGGAAAAUCAGAAACUGUGCAAACCAACAACAGCAGCAUCCGUGGAUGUUCUGCUAACAAACCUAAUUCAAGGACACCUGCUUCCCUCUGCUCUCAUCUGGAUCACUUCACGACCAGCAGCAGCUGGCCGAAUACCCCAAGACUGCGUGGACAGGGUCACAGCAGUCCACGGGUUUGGUGACCAACAGAAGAAAGAAUACUUCAGAAAACGGAUCAGAAAUCAAACUCUUGCUGAGAAAGUAAUAGCGCACAUUGAGUCACUGAGGAGCCUCCAUAUCAUGUGCCACAUUCCUGUCUUCUGCUGGAUUUCAGCCGCUGUUCUAGAGAGAUUGUUUAAGGAAAAAGACGUUAGUGCCAUUCCCAAGAAUCUGACACAGAUGUACACACAUUUUCUGGUCAUUCAGACAGACAUCAAAAAGAAGUACAAAGAGAGAAAAGAGACAGAUGAAGAAGAGAUAAUCUUCAAACUGGGGAAACUGGCUUUCCAACAGCUGGAGAUGGGCAAUCUGAUCUUCUAUGAGGAAGACCUGAGGAAGUGUGGCAUUGAUGUCACAGAGGCAUCAGUGUAUUCAGGAGUGUGUACCCAGAUCUUCAGAGAGGAGUGUGGACUGUACCAGGGGAAGGUGUUCUGCUUCGUGCAUCUGAGCAUUCAGGAAUUUCUCGCAGCUCUGUAUGUCUUAUUGCACUUCUACUCCAAGGAGUCUGAGGGACUUCCAAACUCCAACCUGGCUAGUCUGUUCACCGCAUCAACUCUUUCAGGCCUUCAAAUAAUCGCAGUGGACAAAGCCUUGCAGCAGCCUAAUGGAGAUCUCGACCUGUUUCUGCGCUUCCUUCUGGGUCUCUGUUUUAGUGCUCUCCAGCCUGACCAAACUCUUCUGCAGUCCUUUUUCCCACAUAUCAGGAGCACUUCAUCCAGCAAUGCUGCUGUUAUCGACUACAUCAAGACCAGAAUUCAGAUCAACCAGUCCCCAGAGCCAUCCAUCAACCUGUUUCAUUGUCUAAAUGAACUAAAUGACGACUCUCUGGUGGAGGAGAUCCAGGAGUACCAGAGGUCCAGACGCCUGUCGAAAGUCACUCUUACUCCAGCACUGUGGUCUGCACUGGUGUUUGUGCUGCUGAUGUCCAAGAGCAGUCUGGAGGUGUUUGACUUGGGGAAAUACUCGGCACGUCCGUCAGAUAAGAGCCUCUUUCGGAUGCGUCCAGUGCUGAGGGAGAGCAGAAGAGCUGAACUUGCUUCCUGCAACCUGACAGAGAAUAGCUGUGAAACUCUGGCCACAGUCAUCAGCUCACACAACUCUCACCUCAGGGAGCUGGACCUGAGUGACAAUAACAUUCAGGAUGCUGGAGUAGCAUUGCUUUCCAGUGGCAUUGAGAAAGUCAGCUGUAAGCUAGAGAAACUUAGUUUGUCGAAAUGUGGAAUUGGACCGAGUGGCUGUGAAUCUCUUCUGUCGGCCAUAUUACGGAAUCUCAGUCAUCUGACAAGUAUUGAUCUGAGUAACAAUCACCCAGGACACAGUGGAAUGAGUCGACUGUCUGAAGUGCUUCAGACCCACCAGUGUCGCAUAAAUGAACUAAAGUUAAUCAACUGCAGCAUCACACAUAACAGUUGUCAACUGUUAGCUAUGGGUCUUGGCUCAAAAAACUCAAGUUUAAGAUAUCUUGACUUGAGUGGAAACAGCAUUGAGAAUAGAGGUGUCAACAAACUUUGUCAUGGUUUAAGGAACUCCAAUUGCAAACUUAGCUCUCUGAGGUUGAGUAGCUGUAAUGUGGGAGAGACGGGCUACCAAGCUCUAGCCUCAGCUCUAGCUUCAAACCCCUGCAGCCACCUGACAGAGCUCUUCAUCAGCUAUAACGAGCCUGGAGAUUUGGGCUUACGUGAACUUGAAAAAGUAAAGCAGCUUCCACAGAGCAAACUAAAAGUUCUCAAAUUUACACAGACUUCACUGCCAAAACUACGAAAGGAGGAAACCGGCCAGGACACAGCAGCAACUCACAGAGAUUCCUAAGGGGGAUCGGGUCCUAACCAUGAUUGAUGUCUAGUGCCAAUGGCUUAGUCCAUUGUAGGGUAUUAAGAUCCAGCAGACAGCAGUGGCACACUAGGCAGAGAGACAGCGCGAGUCUGGGGGUAAGGAGUAAGGACACUGUAAACUUUGUGAGCAAUGUCCCCAAGAGAGGGCAAAGCCCAAAACAGGAUAUGGCAAGUGACGACUAUAUCAUCUUUAGGAGAAUGUGGUGCUUGAUAAUCUUGGGACUUCAAAACGAACUGCAGAGGAUUGCAGAGUGGAGUCAGGAAUAUCAGACACCUCAGUAUGUGGGGGCACUUUUUACUGGGUACUCUUUUCUUCACCUUCUCCAGGGUAGACUAGCAUGAUUGGGGACCCAUGUGAGAUGAGAUGAGAGGAAAUGAGUGAGGGAGAGAUGGGAAAUGACCUCAGAUGCAAUCGGGUGUCUAAACCCAGGUUAAGUCAGGUCUUUCAGGAAGGUCAGAUCUUUAAAGAGGAACUAUGCCGGGUUUUUUUUAAUUUACCUUAACUUAACAGCUUCAGAGUCAUUGGAAUGGUUAUGUGACUUUCUCUGGGUUGAAUGGUCUUCUGUGGCUUAUUUAUCUGGGUUUAAUUUUGCCUACAGGAUAAUUCUCCUUUUGACAGUAGUGUCCAAAGGCACACUAUUUGUAUGUCUUUUGUACAUUGUCAAUAAAAAAAUCACAAAACACAAAGGACUUUA